GGCUCAAAUGGAGAAUUUACGACAGUUGUUUCUUCUUCACGGCUGCUGCUGACAUGUCAACAACAAACAUGGCAACCAGCAGCAACUAUUGGGAAGAUUUGCGUAAACAGGCCAGACAGCUGGAAAAUGAGCUGGAGCUCAAGCUGGUGUCCUUCAGUAAGCUGUGCACCGGCUACAGCAGCAGCAGCAGCCGGGACCAGCGGACAAGAGACAGCAGGUCUGAUUCUGUCGGCUCAUCUCAAGACAACAUGCUCGUGGCCAUGACUACUGAGCUGGAGCAGCUAUUGGCCAAUCUCACUGCAGUCAAUGACAAGAUGGCAGAAUACACAAACUCUCCGGGGGCUUCAUCACGUAGCGCGGCCUUGAUGCACACCUUACAAAGACACAGAGACAUCUUACAGGACUAUACUCUUGAGUUCCACAAAACCAAAAGCAACUUCCUCAGCCUGCGAGAGCGAGAGGAUCUACUGGGCUCUGUUCACAGAGACAUUGAGUCCUACAAGAGCAGCGCAGGAGUGAAUAACAGAAGGACUGAGCUCAUCCUGAAGGAACAUGAACAUCUCAGAAACUCCGAUAGUCUUAUUGACAAUGCAAUAAGUAUCGCCAUAGCUACCAAAGAGAACGUCACAUUUCAGCGUGGGAUGUUGAAGUCCAUUCAAACCAGGGUCACAACUCUGGCCAAUCGUUUCCCCACCAUCAACAGUCUCAUCCAGAAAGUCAAUUUGCGCAAGAGGCGGGACUCUUUAAUUCUAGGCGGGGUGAUAGGUGUCUGCACCAUACUCCUGUUGCUCUACACGUUCCACUGAUCCGCCGUCAGCUGACGGACCAAACACAACAGAAUAUAUUCAUUGUAUCUCAAGACUUCUAAAAAACAUGUUAAUAUUCUAAUUUACUCUCCUUAAAAAACAGUUUAAAGAGUAAAGAAAUGAUUUUAUUUUGAAAAGAAAAAUAAAUCACAUAAACAGUCUUGAACUGACUGGAGUUUUAAUUUAUUUUCUGAUUGAUGAUAACAUUUCCAUCUUUGGAGUUGUAUAUUGCUGGUUAUAUCCUACUCUAAUGUUAACUCGUUAUAAAAUCUUUAUAAAAUGUGUUCACUGUUUAUGUCAUACUUUAUAUUUAUAUAUCGGAGGCGCCCAAUAAAAUAAAGGUGAUUAGCUCAC